AUGCCUGCAUCACGGACUCCAACCCCUGAGACCACACAAUCAGCUGCGGUAGACGCUGCCCAGUUGAUAGAGGAAUAUAGUAAGUCGGCUACCGAUGCAUCUGUCAAAGACGAAGGACCAUCCAAAGCUGGAUCCCCUCCAGGUCCUCUGGGCCCGCCCGAGAAUCAGCCUACCCUUAGGGUUGUCUGUCUGAUUGUAUCAGCCUUCGUCGCCAUGUUCUUGGUCGCGCUAGACAGAACAAUUAUCUCGACGGCCAUACCCAAGAUCACUGAUGAAUUCGACUCCUUCGAUGACGUUGGCUGGUACGGAAGUGCCUACUUGUUGACAUGCUGUGCAUUCCAACUAUUGUUCGGGAAGCUCUACAAGAUUUUCUCUGUCAGAAUUGUCUUCCUUGCUAGCAUUCUAGUUUUUGAGGUUGCCUCUGCUAUCUGUGGAGCGGCUCCGAAUUCAAUUACCUUUAUAAUCGGAAGAGCGAUCUGUGGAGUCGGCGCUGCUGGUAUCCUCGCUGGCACUAUAAUGUGCAUCAUUCAUUCCGUGCCUCUCCAGAAACGUCCAAAAAUCCAGGGACUUUUUGGCGCCCUUUUCGGCAUUGCCUCUGUCGUAGGUCCCCUGAUUGGCGGCGCUUUUGUGUCGAACGUGACAUGGAGAUGGUGCUUUUAUGUAAAUCUGCCAAUUGGUGGCGCCGCCAUGGUUUUCAUUGCUUUCUGCCUCAAGAUUCCCAAGCAAGAUACAGCAAACGUCUCCUGGAGGGAGAAGCUGCUACAGCUGGAUUUCUUCGGCACUAUACUUCUGGUGGCUGGUGUGCUUUGUCUCAUAUUGGCACUUCAGUGGGGAGGACAAGCAUAUGCUUGGAGCAGCGGUCGCGUCGUGGCUUGCCUCGUCCUGAUGGCCGUCUUACUUCUUUCUUUUGUCGCCGUUCAGGUCUUCCUUCCAAAGACAGCGACUCUGCCGCUGCGCAUCUUUUCGCAGCGCAGCGUCAUUUCAGGUUUCUGGCAGACACUCUGUGUCGGCUCUGGAAAUUAUAUCUUUGUGUACUUCCUCCCAAUCUGGUUCCAAUCCAUCAAAGGCAGUUCCGCCGUGGAAUCCGGCAUCCGCCUGCUACCGAUGAUGAUAUCGAUGGUUUUCGGCUCAAUCGGUGGUGGAAUCACAAACUCGAAGAUCGGAUACUACACCCCACUAGCGAUUAUCGGAUCCUGCAUCAUGUCCGUCGGAGCUGGUCUUAUCACCACAUUCCAAGUGGAAACCGGCGAGGGAAAUUGGAUAGGGUAUCAGAUCGUCUAUGGGAUUGGCCUGGGCCUGUGUUUCCAAGUCCCCAAUCUUGCUGCGCAGACCGUUCUUCCGAAGCCCGACGUGCCAUCCGGACUAGCACUUAUGCUUUUCGGGCAGAUGAUUGGGGCAGCCAUCUUUGUGUCAGUUGGGGAGAAUAUUCUGGCUAAUCAGCUCGUGAAAAGUCUUUCCGGGCUGCCGGGCUUCAACUCCAAUCUUGUCACCUCUGGGGGUGUCACGGAGCUGCUGGAUAAAAUGCCGGUGGAUCUGUACGACACGGUCCUUCGUUCUUACAAUAAUUCCCUGCGGAAGGUGUUUCAGGUCGGUAUGAUUAUUUCCUGUCUGACAGUACUAGGUGCGGCUACACUCGAGUGGAAGAGUAUCAAGAAGGCACAGCCAAAGUCCGAUUCCGAGAAUAAGCAACAGGGUGGAGGAAGGAGUACAUAA